UCCUAACAAAGGUCAUGAAGCACCUGAACACCGUCAUGGCAGAAUCCCCGGCUCUCAUCACUAUCUUCUUUUUAGGAUAUCUACUCAGUACCGAAUGUGCAGUUUUCCUUGAUCGUGAAAAUGCCACCAAAAUUCUUACCCGUCCAAAGAGAUAUAAUUCAGGAAAACUAGAAGAGUUUGUUCGAGGAAACCUUGAAAGAGAGUGUAUAGAAGAAAGAUGUAGUUUUGAAGAAGCACGAGAAGUUUUUGAAAACACUGAAAAAACUACUGAAUUUUGGAAGCAGUAUGUUGAUGGAGAUCAGUGUGAAUCAAAUCCUUGUUUAAAUGGUGGAAUAUGCAAGGAUGAUAUUAGUUCCUAUGAAUGUUGGUGCCAAGUUGGAUUUGAAGGAAGGAACUGUGAAUUAGAUGCAACAUGUAACAUUAAAAAUGGCAGGUGCAAGCAGUUUUGUAAAGACAGUCCUGAUAACAAGGUAAUUUGUUCCUGCACUGAGGGAUACCAACUUGCAGAAGACCAGAAGUCCUGUGAACCAGCAGUUCCAUUUCCAUGUGGGAGAGCUUCUAUUUCAUACAGUUCUACAAAGAUCACCAGAGCUGAGACUGUUUUCUCUAAUAUGGACUAUGAAAAUUCUACUGAAGCUGUAUUCAUUCAGGAUGACAUCACUGAUGGUGCCAUUCUUAAUAACGUCACUGAAAGUAGUGAAUCACUUAAUGACUUCACUCGAGUGGUUGGUGGAGAAAACGCAAAACCGGGUCAAAUCCCUUGGCAGGUCAUUUUAAAUGGUGAAAUUGAGGCAUUCUGUGGAGGUGCCAUCAUUAAUGAAAAAUGGAUUGUAACUGCUGCCCACUGCCUUAAACCUGGUGAUAAAAUUGAGGUUGUUGCUGGUGAAUAUAACAUUGAUAAGAAGGAAGACACAGAACAAAGGAGAAAUGUGAUUCGAACUAUCCCUCAUCACCAGUACAAUGCAACUAUUAAUAAGUAUAGUCAUGACAUUGCCUUGCUGGAACUGGAUAAACCUUUAAUACUAAACAGCUAUGUAACACCUAUCUGUGUUGCCAAUAGGGAAUAUACAAAUAUCUUCCUCAAGUUUGGUUCUGGCUAUGUGAGUGGCUGGGGAAAAGUCUUCAACAAAGGAAGACAGGCUUCCAUUCUUCAGUACCUUAAAGUUCCACUGGUGGACCGAGCCACAUGCCUUAGGUCCACAACAUUCACUAUCUAUAACAACAUGUUCUGUGCAGGCUACCGUGAAGGAGGCAAAGAUUCGUGUGAAGGAGAUAGUGGGGGACCCCAUGUUACUGAAGUAGAAGGGACAAGUUUCUUAACUGGCAUUAUUAGCUGGGGUGAAGAAUGUGCAAUGAAAGGCAAAUAUGGAAUAUAUACUAAGGUUUCCCGGUACGUCAACUGGAUUAAGGAAAAAACAAAACUAACUUAAUGAAAAACCUAUUUCCAAAGACAAUUCAGUAGAAUUGAAAAUGGGUGAUGCCCUUUACAGACUAGUCUUUCUACGUUUUGUUAAAUUUAAAUAUAUAAGUUCUACAAAUACUGAUUUUUCUCUGUGCAUGAGACAAGCCCAUCUAGGAUCUAUAUUGUUCUAGAGUAAGUAGGUUAGCAAAUAUAAUCACUAAAGAAAUAGUUUAGUAAGAGAUUCACCAUUUCUGUAAGCCCAGCCCCUGUUAAAAUUAGAAAGUAAAGCUUUCCGUGGUGCCCAUAAGGCGCGAUGGUUCUUGAUAAAGAGAUGUACCCAAUUCUCCCUCCUUGGCAGCAAUUCAUGUUUUAGCUCUUCCUUGCUACUCUCAAUUUUAUUAGUUUUCUAUCCAGAAUCUUUAACCCAUUUAUGGCCAGAGGAAUACAAGAGCAGUGGACAAAUUAAAACUCAUCAAAAGCA